GGCACCCCACUCCUUGCCUCAGCAGCAGCCUAUUCCCCCUCCCCCCUCUCUUCCCCUACCUCUUCCCUCCCAAACAAAGAUGGCGUCUUCCCCGACUUCUGCUUCGGUCAUGCCUGAGAUGAUUGUGAUUCCGGAUGACUAUGAGGCUAUUCCGGUCUCCCUCCUCUCCAUUCCCACCCGCUACCAGGGCGAUGUGGACAGCUGCUUGAUCCCCUUUGGCCUCAUCACCGACCGGGUCCAGAAGCUGGCCGAAAUGGUCUACGAGCAGUACAAGGGCAAGGAGCUGCACAUGCUCUGCCUGCUCAAGGGGGCGUAUCGGUUCUUCUCGGAUCUGCUCAAGGAGAUCUCUGCGCUGUCUGCGGCGGCGGACGCACCUGACGUGGUCAAGCUCUCGCUGCACUUUGUGCGGGUCAAGUCGUACCACAACACCGAGUCGACGGGUGACGUCAAGAUCUCGGGCAUUGAUCUUGACGAUCUGGCCGGUAAGAACGUGCUGAUUGUGGAGGACAUCAUCGACACUGGCACCACCAUGGUCGCCUUUACCGCCGAGCUGCAGAAGGUGACGCCGGCGUCGGUUGAGGUCAUCUCGCUCCUCGUCAAGCGCACGCCGCGGUCGAACGGCUUCCUCCCGCACUACGCCGGCUUUUCCAUCCCGGACAAGUUCCUCGUCGGCUACGCGCUCGAUCUCAACGAGGUCUUCCGCGACCUCAACCACAUCUGCAUCAUCUCUGAGGCAGGUAUCGAGAAGUACCGCGAGUAGGCAUCGCCACUGCCCUUGCCGGAGUGAGGUUUGCUUUCUCUCGCUCUCCUCUCUCUCUCUCCCCUCCCUCUCUCUCUCUCCUCCCACCUGACCGUUUAUCUUGAUCUGAUGUGGCAGCCGUGUGGCCGAUACACACUCUAUCGUCCAAUA